AUGAACUCCCUCAAUAUAAUAUCAGCGCGCGUCUCCCCGACCUCGAGUCCCGCCCCUUCGCGAUCAAAUUCCCUUAGCCACAUCGGCUUAGCUGUCGCUCAGUCUGAUGACAACCCAACGCCUUCAGAUGAAUCAUCGCCCCAAGAGAAAUGCGCAACCACUUCCGAACCGAACGAUAAUACAUUCAGCAGAGAAAACCACCUAGGCAAUUUUCUCGGCGCAGACGAGAAGACUCCCUUAUUAGAAAAAAGCGAUGCCAAGGAGGCAAAUAUCCGCUAUUAUUCGUGGCAUGUUAUCCCCGGGCGCAUAGCAAGUAGUCUGAUAAACUCUAUCCGUUUGGUCCUGUCUACCAUCGCCGCACCGGGAGUUUACCUCGUCGCUUGCUUUUAUGAUGAACGGGGGGAGUUUGCCCCCUUGCGACAAUUCGGGAAUCUUUUCGGUAUCUACGGAGGCGAUGCGCGCAAACUAGCAGCCAACUAUCAUGAGACCGUCGCGCUUAAUGAAGAGAAGCAAGUCUCAUCUAAGCGUGGUAGCCAAGGCUCUCGAGGAAAGUAUGCUUUCGCAGCCUCCCGACCGGUACCUUCAUCGGGAACUUCAUCCUCGGGUCUAUCGUCAGAGUCGGAAUCGGAUAUGGUUAGCAGGAAUCAAGGUGUCCGCCGCAGCUCCGGUUCUUCCGGUCGCCAUAUUCGGUCUAAGUCUCUUGAUCCCGCCGAAGAGGGCUCACCAGCAAGGAGAUCGAUAAGGAUUAAGUUAAAUAACGAUGAUGCUAUGCGGCAACGAAAACAUAGGAAGGCCCAGUCUACAAGUGCCAGUGGUAGCACUAGCAGCGGCGACGCUUCAGCAGAUUUAUCUGCUCAACUGAAGUCUCCUACUUCGCCUAUCGCGGCUUUGACGAGAUAUCCUAAGACUCCUGCCCCCCCUAGACCGUUAAUACCCCGUCGGCAACCUUCAUACGUACCCUACGAGCCCCUCGACCCGAAGCAACAGAAAACGUUGAUAUUAGAUCUGGACGAGACGUUAAUACACAGCAUGUCGAAGGGAGGUAGAAUGGGUUCAGGACACAUGGUUGAAGUGCGGCUGAAUACGACGUAUGUUGGAAGUGGAGGCCAGCAGGCUCUUGGACCUCAGCAUCCUAUUCUAUACUAUGUUCAUAAGCGGCCGCACUGCGACGAGUUUCUUCGAAAGGUUUGUAAAUGGUUCAAUCUCGUUGUCUUCACAGCAUCGGUACAGGAAUACGCAGACCCGGUCAUCGACUGGUUGGAAUCGGAGAGGAAGUUCUUUUCGGGGAGAUACUACCGGCAGCAUUGCACAUUCAGGCACGGCGCAUUUAUCAAGGAUCUGAGCUCGAUAGAACCAGACCUGAGCAAGGUCAUGAUACUAGACAAUAGCCCCUUAAGCUACAUGUUCCACCAAGAUAAUGCGAUUCCCAUUCAAGGUUGGAUCAGUGACCCUACGGAUAAUGAUUUAUUGCAUCUGGUCCCUCUUCUAGAGGGAUUGCAGUACGUUUCUGAUGUUAGAGCAUUACUUGCAUUACGGGGUGGAGAAGACGGACAGCAUAUGAUGACGUGA